AUGGCAAGUCCUGACUGGGGAUAUGAUGGUGAAAAUGGUCCUGAACAGUGGGGCAAGCUGUACCCCAUCGCAAAUGGAAAUAACCAAUCUCCCAUCGACAUCAAAACCAGUGAAACCAAACAUGAUGCCUCUCUCAAACCUAUCAGUGUCUCCUACAGUCCAGACACAGCCAAAGAAAUCGUCAAUGUGGGACAUUCCUUCCACAUAAACUUUGUGGACAAUGAUAAUCGAUCAGUGCUGAAAGGCGGUCCUCUCUCUGAAAGCUAUAGGCUCCAUCAGUUCCAUUUUCACUGGGGUGUCAAAGAUGACUAUGGUUCUGAGCACUUGGUGGAUGGAGUCAAAUAUUCUGCAGAGCUUCAUAUAGUUCACUGGAAUUCUGCGAAGUACUCCAGCUUUGCUGAAGCUGCCUCACAGGCUGAUGGUUUGGCACUUAUUGGUGUUUUGAUGAAGGUGGGUCAGGCCAACCCAAACCUGCAGAAAGUACUUGAUGCCCUAAAAGCAGUUAAAACUAAGGGCAAAAAAGCCCCAUUCACAAAUUUUGACCCCUCUGUUCUCCUUCCUUCAUCCCGGGAUUACUGGACCUACCAUGGCUCUCUGACUCAUCCUCCUCUUCAUGAGAGCAUAAUCUGGAUCAUCUUUAAGGGAAACAUCAGUAUUAGUUCAGAACAGCUGGCACAGUUCCGCAGUCUUCUAUCAAAUGUCGAAGGUGAUAAAGAAGUCCCCAUUAAGCACAACAACCGACCACCCCAGCCUCUGAAGGGCAGAACAGUGAAAGCUUCAUUCUGAUGGGCCCAAGAAGAAAUUUAUCCUCCCUCAAGAAGGGAGGCUCUGCUUCUGAUGUAAUCCAAUAAAGCAAGUUUUAAGAAACAAGUUUAUUUGAAU